AUGCUCGUCUCUACCGCAACCUAUACCACUAUCCUAGCUUCAGCGUUGGUCCUCUUCGCUUCAUCGAACUUGACCCCAGCAGCCGAGGCACACUCUUGGAUGGACUGUGUCAACUGGAAGUUCCACAGUCGAACCAAUCCCGACUUUUCGGAUAAAGGAGGAUACUGUCGUGGCUAUGCCCGUAGAUACCCAAAGGACCUAAACUUUGGCACGUUGGACGAUGCCAGUCCUUCGCGCCACUAUCAACAAGCUGGUAAUCCCAAUACCGCUUUGCCUUGCUCGGAUCGCAGACAUGGUAAAGAUAUAGGCUCGGAUGAAACAAUGGGAGACCCAGUCUCGAGUGCCUAUGGCGGCAAAUAUGGAGAAAUGGCAACGAUACGAUCUGGAGAGACACUCUGCGUCCGCUGGCCGGCUAAAAACCACGCAGAAGGCAACGAAGACAAUACAAUUGUUCAGAUCAACUUGAUCAAGUCUCGCAACAGCCAAGACGCGACGCAGGCAGAGUUGCUCCGAAAUACUAUUGCCAGAUUGCCGUACAAGAACUGUAGUCGUGGAUCCGGCACGGAUAAAAAGCCCUGUGGGGGAUGCUUCAAGAUGCCGGCGCGUUCACCAGGGCUAUACCUCCUUCAAUGGAGGUGGAUGCUUAAUCCUGGUGAAUGGUACACUAGUUGUGCUGACAUCCAAAUUGAGGAUGACAAACGUGGAAAUAAGCGUCGCCUCUGA